UAAAUGGGAGGGGCACUUACCUGGGUGUGAAACACUGGCUGGUGGUUGGUCAAAGGCACUGUCAGUUACUCCAAUAUAUGCGAGAAUGAGUAUGGCGACAAGGAACACAAAUCCACUUGCAUGCCUCGAGAGCAACACGCCACUGCUCCUGUGAUUUUGGAUCCCAACACCGCGGGCUAUAUCAGCCUGUCUGACUGCCUGACGAAGAUGGAAUUCUGUGAUGAUGGGCCCGAGCUUCCUGAGAACCCAGAGAGAUUCCACAGGUCAGAGUGUGUGCUGGGUUCGGAAGGCUUUAACUCAGGGACACACUGCUGGGACGUGGUGGUUGAUCUCUGCAUUGGUCCGUGGUCUGUGGGGCUGAAGGCGGAGAGCUCCAGUAGGGAUGGACCUGACUCCAACUGGCAAGGAUUCUGGGGCAUUCAUUAUGUUGGCUAUAUGGAUGACUCAGCAUGCGAACAUGGCAAAUACCAAGCUCGCUCUCCAGGUGCGUCACCUAUUCCCCUCAAAGUGAACCAGAGGCCCCGGAGGAUCAGAGUGCAGCUGGACUGGGACAGAGGAGAGCUGUCAAUCACUGACCUUGAGAACAACACACGCCUGUACACUUUCACACACGCCUUCACAGAGAGGAUGUUUCCGUGCUUCAUGGCAGAUUGCUGCACUCUGCGGAUCGUGUCAUGGCGGAUUGUUGGAAAGGGACAGGAUCUCACUUGGACGCUAUGUCCAUCUUCUCUUUAGGACUGUUCAUGGCAACAUGGUUGUGCUCUGUGUAGUCCACUCAGACCUAUCAGAAAGAAGCACGAUCACUAAAGCUAUAACAUGGGCCCCUGGGCCAGACAAUAAGGAAGCCCCCUCCCCUCAGGGAUUGUGAGGUUUGAAACGAAUAAGGUGUUUAUUGAAGAUGCUGAAGAGCUUUUGUUGUUGGGAAUUUCUACCCCUGAGAAAAUUUGAAAACACAGUUGAGAGAUGUGCAAUUUGUUUUAAUAUUUGUUUUAUGGGGCAUUUUAGCUUUUAUUCUUACAGGACAGUCAAAGAUGGAGACAAGAGAGAGAGAGUGUGUAGAAUGUGGAUAUGACUCAUGCCAGACUCGAACCCGUGUCCCCAUGGGCAUGCAAGCCCAGGGGUGCAUCCCAAUAUGUGUCUUUGCCUCCUCCACUUGUGCUUGUCUCCUCGUCCCGCCUCCUGGCCCCUCCUUUGUGGAGAAAACGAUAAAGUUUCCCAGCUGUCAGCCUAGCCACAACAACUUUUGAGGGACUGUUUUUCAUUCACCAUCCCAAUUGCAAAUGAGAAAAAGACUUUACAAUUGAGCUUUUGCAAGAUAUUGAAAUAUAAUGCUGUUGUCAGUGAUGUCAUCAUGACGAGAAGCAAGUGGAGGAGGCAAGGUCACAUAUUGGGAUGCACCCCAGAUGUGGGGCGGCUUACCUGUGAACCACCCACAUUCAUACCAUACACGUAACCCAUUUGUUACAGUGUUACAAUGUUAUUUGCUGCUAUUCUGCUGUCUUCUUUGGGUGUUAACAAUGUUAUUUACUGCUGUUCUGUUCUAUUGUGUUGUUUGGGUGUUAACAAUUCGGGGUUUCCUGCUGAAUAUUUCUUAGUCAAGGUGGGCGGGGGGUUAGCAGAGAUGCCAACAGUUUUAAAAAGUGAAAAGGAAACAGUUUCAGGCACAAUUGAGCCAAUGGUGUAUCAGGUUUGUAAUAUUAUGUGCUAGUGUGUUAUUUACACGAUAUGCAGCAUCCUCAGAAAGCCCAUUGUGGGGUUUUUUUUUCCAUUAAAUAUGACAUGAAACCCUACAAAAUGAACACCUUAUACAUUUGUCUUUAUCAAAUGUUGAAAUAAAUCAACUUUUGAUAUUCAUAGUACAAAUUUCAAGUGUUGGGUUUAUUGCCAAGGUGGAUGCU